UAUGAACGUUCAAGACGCUUGGUCAAUGGGAUUUACUGGUAAAGGCGUAGUUGUUACAAUAUUAGACGACGGAAUUGAACGAAAUCAUCCCGAUUUGAAAGCAAAUUAUGAUCCGAGAGCCAGCUUUGAUGUAAACAAUCAUGACUCGGAUCCAUUACCGAGAUACGAUGAUUCGAAUGAGAAUCGUCAUGGUACUAGAUGCGCUGGGGAAGUUGCUGCUAUCGCAAAUAAUAGUAUGUGUUCAGUUGGUGUUGCGUUUGAUGCUUCCAUUGGUGGUGUAAGGAUGCUGGACGGUGACGUUACCGAUGCUGUUGAAGCGCAAAGUUUAUCAUUGAAUCCGCAACAUAUCGAUAUCUAUAGUGCCAGUUGGGGACCGGAUGAUGACGGAAAAACGGUUGAUGGCCCUGCACAAUUAGCCUGGAAGGCUUUUGUUGAUGGUGUCGAAAGAGGUCGAAGGGGCCUUGGAUCUAUAUUUGUAUGGGCUUCAGGCAACGGAGGACGAGAAAAAGACUCAUGCAAUUGUGAUGGGUAUACGAAUUCAAUAUACACCUUGAGCGUUUCUUCGGCAACGGAGCAUGGGAAAAUACCGUGGUACAGUGAACCUUGUUCCUCAACUUUAGCAAGCACUUACAGUUCAGGUUCUGAAAAUGAUCGUCAAAUAGUUACAUCCGAUCUAAGAAAGGGUUGUACGGAGGGCCACACUGGAACUUCCGCCUCAGCUCCGCUAGCUGCUGGAAUAGUAGCAUUAGCCCUGCAGGCAAAUCCUCGGUUGACCUGGAGAGAUAUGCAACAUAUUGUUGUUCUAACCGCAAAUCCGAACCACCUAGCCGCUACAGAUUGGAAAAUUAAUGGUGUCGGAAAACGUGUAUCGCAUUCCUAUGGUUACGGUAUAAUGGACGCAACCGCAAUGAUAAAAUUAGCUAGAAAUUGGACAAGCGUUCCUCCCCAAAAGAGUUGUGCAACUCCUUACAAUAACGGAUCGAAAUCGUUUUCGUCUGGGACCAGUAUUAAGUCGACCGUCUAUACAGAUGGUUGUGGUAGGGUAAAUUACCUAGAACAUGUUCAAGCGGUUGUUGUUCUGUUUGCCUCUAAUCGAGGUGAAAUUGCAAUUAAAUUGAAAAGCCCCAGUGGCACAGAAAGUGAUCUACUUGUCAAGAGACCACGUGACAGUUCGGGGAGAGGUUUCGAUAAAUGGGCUUUCAUGACAACUCACUGCUGGGGAGAACACUCUCACGGAGCAUGGACAUUAGAAGUGAUAUCCGGUUCCACUACUGGUUCUUUGGAUUCUUGGACUCUAGUAACAUGGGGAACAAAGACUCCACCUUACGGUAAAAGGAAACAUGAAUAUUCGGGUUUGUAUAAGAUUUUUCAAGAUGAUUAUAGGCGGCAUGUGCCAAAUUUAAAUAAUGAAGUUUCGAGAACCCAAUCUCUUGUUGCUCGAUGGUUUUUUACGGUAUUUCUAGUCACGAUUGUCUUUUAUUCUUAA